CUGCUCGGUCAGGACGGUUCCUCGUCUGCUCGAUUUGUUUGCUUCUGAGAGUGUCAACAAUGGAACAUUCAGAGCCGCCAGAGACUCAGGUCGCUCUACUUUUAUGCAUGCACGCGCAGCAGCAAAGCUCUCUGGCUGCCGUCCGAGCUGCCGUGUCAUCGGCAAAAAGUGAGGCCGAUCGCUUGGAGGACCAAAUGCUGGCAAAUAACUUCGUGCUCGCAACAACAGCGGUGGACUGCCUCACAGUGCAUCGGCAGGUGCAGUCCUUCGCGAGGCACGAGCGAUGGUUCGAAGACACCCUGCCCAACAUGCCGGAGUACUUUUUCAAACAGGCGUUCCGUGUAAGGCCAGCUACAUUUCGCUACCUUGUUGAUGUGUGCCGGCCUUACAUGGAGCGACAAGUCACCUGCAUGCGGGAGACGAUCGCGAUGGAGAAGCGGGUGGGAGUGGCCCUCUUCAAACUAUGCUCCACGGCCGAGGACAGGACGGUGGCCACCCUGUUCGGUAUCGGCCGAUCGACAGUCAAUGAACUGUACCGGGAGUUUUGCGAGACGAUCGUGGCUGUCCUCGAGCCCGAAUGGGUCAAACUGAUGACCCCAAAGGAGCUGCCGGAACAUAUCCGAGAGUUCCAAGCUGCGUUGGAGUUUCCGCAAGGAGUUGGAGCGCUGGAUGGGUGCCACUUCCCGGUGUCACCACCACAAGAAAAUGCAAGCGACUACCACAACUACAAGGGCUGGUAUGUAGUGGUGGUGGUGGUGGUGGCCUGUUUGUGUUUGACUUUCCCUAGGUUAAGCCAGCAUCUAGCGCUGGUGCUGUCAUUGGCUAGUUAA